AUGGAUCCCGAGGCAUCUUCUAACAACAAAAUCUCUUUUGGAGUAAAAAAGAAAGUGGAAACAAAGAUCGAAACGAGUAGCAGCGUAAUACAGCAAGAAUUCGACCACAGCGAUGAAGAGACGGAAAAUGUUGCGAAGAAGCGGAAAUUCACUCAUUUGGAGAACGGGAUCAUAACACUAGACGAUGAAGACAUGCCUUCCAAGAAGUCAAAAAAUAAUUUUGUGAUACCGCUGGUUCAGGAAAUGGAUUGGAGAGUAGCUCGACUGAAGGAAAUGGAAAAGAAUGGAACGAUCUCUGAAGAAGACAGGGCUCGACUGGCACUGUUAACGGAAGGAGAAAUGACUUCUACUGUUGUCAGCACAUCCACGACCACAACGGAGGAGAUUUCGCUUGUCGUUGAAGGAACUUCAACCUCGAUUGAAGAUGCUGACUACAAUGCGAUUCCGAUUGAAUCGUUUGGGCUCGCCAUUCUUCGCGGAUGUGGCUGGAAGGAUGGAGAGGGCAUUGGCAAAAAUCCUCAGGUUGUUCGAAUGAGAAUUACUCAACAGCGACCAAAAGGACUUGGCCUUGGUGCCAAACCACCGAAGAUCGAUAAAGUUGUGAAGACAAAGGAAGAAGAAGAAGAGCUUAGCGGAGAACUGAAACAGGGAUCGUUGGUAAAAAUUGUGUUGGGCAAAUACACGGGCAAAUAUGGAACAGUGGAAGGUCGAGAUGAUGACAAUAGCUCUUGUUACGUGCGAUUAAGCAUUGGACGUGAUAUUGUACGCGUUUCGCUUUUUGGUGUGACAAAAGUCACGAAGAAGGAAUAUAGUGCAAACGCCCAUGUGUUGAAUCGAGAAAAUUAUGAAAUCGAGGCCAAGCGACUAGAGCGAGAAAGAGAAGCACAAAAAGCAAAAAAUGGUGAUAAAAAACGGGAAGAUCGAACAACAAAGGACUGCGAUUACAAAGAUAAAACGUAUAGAUCGUUUGACGACGAUAAAUCGAUUGACAAGAAGGAAGUUUGGGCACGACCAGAUCUUGUAGUGAGAUUCAUUAACGAUGAUUAUAAGAAAGGAAGAUAUAUGGAGCAGAAGAUGGUAAUUGUUGAUGUUGCCGACAUGAAGAACCUGACACUCGAAGACAAUGAAAAGAAGCACCACUAUCAAAUAAAACAAUCGUGGAUCGAAACAGUGGUACCGAGGGACAUUGGAGAAAAAGUGAUGAUUGUGCGAGGCAAAAACAAAGGAGAAAUCGCAGUAGUGGAAGAAAGGGACAAAAAACGCGAGAUGUUGGCAUUAAGAUUACUCUCCACUGAUGAGAUUCAGAAGGUUUCUUUUGACGAUGCAUGUUAUUGGAGGCCAUCUCUUCAUUAUCAAAGUGAU